CAAGGGGCUACAAGUAUAAAGGAGCGGAGGCCGUCCCAGUGAGCGCUAAGUCAGCCUGUGAGGCCACGGUGGACUGCUAACUGAGAAAGGUCUCCUCUAGACUGCACAGCCUCCCUUCCACUGGGACAUCCUGUAGCCUGGCCAUGUGCCUGCCUAGCCACCUCCUUUCAACCUGGGUCCUACUUAUGGUUACCCUGCCAGCUGCACAGUCCCUAGGCAAGACCCAGGUCCCCAACCACUGCAGAAGCCCCAUCGAAGCCGUAUGCAACUUUGUGUGUGACUGUGGAGACUGUUCAGACGAGGCUCAGUGUGGUUUCCAUGGAGCCUCAACUAUCCCAAGCACCCCCUUCGCCUGCAGCUUUGAGCAGGACCUCUGUGGCUGGCAGGACAUCAGCACUUCAGGCUAUCGAUGGCUUCGAGACCGGGCAGGAGCAGUGCCGGCUGGGCCUGGGCCUCAUUCUGAUCAUACACAUGGCACUGACUUGGGCUGGUAUAUGGCUGUGGGAACCCACAGUGGGAAGGAGCCAUCUACUGCGACUCUGCGCUCUCCUGUCAUGCGUGAGGCAGCCCCAACCUGUGGACUGAGGCUCUGGUACCAUACUGCCUCUAGAGAUGUCGCUGAGCUGCGGCUGGAUCUGACCCAUGGUGUGGAGACACUGCCUCUAUGGCAGGCCUCAGGACCCUGGGGUCCUGGCUGGCAGGAGUUGGCAGUAAACACUGGCCGCAUCCAAGGUGACUUCAAAGUGACGUUUUCUGCCACCCGAAAUGCCACACACAGGGGUGCCGUGGCCGUGGAUGAUGUGGAGUUCCGGGACUGCGGGCUGCCCAUCCCUCAGGCCAGGUGCCCCCUGGGACACCACCACUGCCAGAACAAGGCUUGUGUGGAGCCCCACCAGCUCUGUGACGGUGAAGACAACUGUGGAGACAGAUCUGAUGAAGACCCGCUCAUCUGCAGCCACCAUAUGGCCACUGACUUUGAGACAGGCCUGGGACCAUGGAACCAGUUAGAGGGCUGGACCCGGAACCACAGUACUGGCAGCAUGGUGAGCCCUGCCUGGCCCCACCGCGAUCACAGCCGGAAUAGUGCAUACGGCUUCUUCCUCAUCUCUGUGGCCAAGCCUGGCACUGCUGCUGUUCUCUACAGCCCUGAGUUCCAAGGCUCAGUCUCCUACAACUGCUCGUUCACCUUCUAUUACUACCUGCAUGGGUCUGAGGCCAGCCACUUCCAGGUGUUCCUGCAGGCACAAGGGCUCAACAGCCCCCAGGCCCCUGUUCUACUGCGAAGCCGCCGUGGAGAGCUGGAGACAGCCUGGGUCAGAGACCGCGUUGACAUUCAAAGUGCCCAUCCAUUUCGGAUCCUUCUAGUUGCGGAGACUGGUCCAGGAGGCAUCGCGGGCCUAGACGACCUUAUCCUGUCCAACCACUGCAUGCUUGUUCCAGAUAUGUCCGCCCUGCAGUCAUCACUUUCUGGGCCUGUGUCAUUAGCCCUCUAUCCCCAAACAUCCAUCGGGCUAUCCCAGCCAACCUGUGAGCCAGGGUCUCUCUCCUGUGGUGAGCUGUGUGUGCCCCCAGAGCAGCUGUGUGACUUCCAAGAGCACUGUGCAGAGGGCGAGGAUGAACAGAAGUGUGGCACCACAGACUUUGAGUCGGCUGCCUCUGCCGGGGGCUGGGAGGACAUCAGUGUGGGAAAGCUGCAGUGGCAUCGGGUUGACGCCCAGGAGGGCCAGAGCAGUGAGGGGUGCCUUGUUCUUCCCACAGGGCACUUCCUAUCUCUGCGGAAGGCCUGGGGGCAGCUGAGGUCUGAGGCCCGGGCUCUCACACCUGCUCUGGGCCCCUCCGGACCUCACUGUGAACUCCACAUGGCUUACUAUUUUCACAGUCAUCCCCAAGGCUUCUUGGCCCUGGUUGUGGUUGAGAAUGGCUUCCGGGAGCUGCUGUGGCAGGCUCAAGGCAGCAGCAGGGGCUGGACAGCAGAGAAGAUUCUUCUGGGGGCACGGCGCCGGCCAUUCCAGCUGGAGUUUGUCAGUCUGGUGGACUUGGAUGGCCCUGGCCAGCAGGGAGCUGGAGUGGAUAAUGUGACUCUGAGAGACUGCAACCCCAUGGUGACCACAGAGAGUGACCAAGGUUUCUUCUGCCCGUCUCCCAUCCCUACCCAGGGGCUACCUACCUACCUAGCCUACCUUGAAUCCUGUCUUAGGGCAACUGGGAAGGGGGUGGACAGUAGUGGUGACCCCCAUCCCCACGCCCCACCCCCAGAGGUCUCCUGUAACUUUGAGCGGGACUCCUGCAGCUGGCACACAGGCCACCUCACAGAUGCCCACUGGCACCGUGUAAAAAGCCAUGGCUCUCAGUAUGACCACACGACUGGCCAAGGCUUUUUCAUGUUCUUGGAUCCCACGGACCCACCUGCUCGAGGCCAAGGUGCCCUCCUGCUCACAAGACCCCAGGUGCCAGUUGUCUCCGAGGAAUGUCUCAGCUUCUGGUACCACCUGUAUGGGCCCCAGAUUGGGACGCUGCGCUUGGCCAUGAGGAGGGAGGGGGAAGACACACUACUGUGGUCCCGGUCAGGCACCCAUGGCAACCGCUGGCACCAGGCUUGGGUCACUCUUCACCACCAGCCAGAGGCCAGCACCAAGUACCAGCUGCUGUUUGAAGGCCUCCGGGAUGGGUACCAUGGCUCAAUGGCCCUGGAUGACUUGGCUGUGAGGCCUGGCCCCUGCUGGGCUCCCAAGAGCUGUUCCUUUGAAGACUCUGACUGUGGCUUCUCCCCAGGGGGCUGGGGGCUGUGGAUGCGCCAGAGUAAUGCCUCAGGCCUUGCUUCUUGGGGUCCUUGGAUAGACCAUACUACAGGGACAGUCCAAGGGCACUACAUGGUGGUGGACACCAGCCCAAAUGGACUGCCCAAGGGCCAUGUGGCCUCUCUGACUUCAGAGGAACACCAGCCCCUGUCCCAGCCUGCCUGUCUGACCUUCUGGUACCACAUGAGCUUCCGCAAUCCAGGCACCCUGAGGGUCCACGUGGACGAGAACACAAGGCACCAGGAGCUCAGCAUCAGCGCCCACGGAGGAUUUGCCUGGCGCCUGGGCAGAGUGGAUGUGCGGGCUGAGCAAGCCUGGAAGGUAGUGUUUGAGGCUGUGGCUGCUGGCGUGGAACAUUCCUACGUGGCUCUGGAUGACAUUUCCCUCCAAGAUGGGCCCUGUGCUCAACCAGGGUCCUGUGACUUUGAAUCUGGCCUGUGUGGGUGGAGCCACCAGCCCUGGCCCAGCCUGGGUGGGUACAGCUGGGACUGGAGCAGCGGAGCCACCCCAUCCCGCUACCCCCAGCCUUCAGUGGACCAUACCCUGGGCACGGAAGCAGGCCAUUUUGCUUUCUUUGAAACCAGCGUGCUAGGUCCUGGGGGCCAGGCAGCCUGGCUGCGCAGUGAGCCACUGCCAGCAACUACAGUCUCCUGCCUCCACUUCUGGUACUACAUGGGCUUUCCGGAGCAUUUCUACAAGGGUGAGUUGAGAGUGCUCCUGAGCAGUGCCCAAGGGCAGCUGGCUGUGUGGUACCAGGGCGGGCACUUGCGGGACCAGUGGCUUCAAGUCCAGAUCGAAGUGUCCAAUUCUGAGGAGUUCCAGAUUGUGUUUGAAGCCACUCUGGGUGGCCAGCCGGCUCUGGGGCCCAUUGCCCUUGAUGACGUGGAGUACUUAGCUGGACAACACUGCAAGCAGCCGACACCUAGCCAGGGUGAAAUGGCAGCAUCGGUGUCCGUGCUGGUUGCCGUUGGAGGGGUCCUCCUCUUUUUCAUGUUCCUGGUGCUCCUGGGCCUUGGGGGUUGGCACUGGCUGCAGAAGGAGCACUGCCCUGGCCAGAGGAGUACAGAUACAACAGCCUCUGGCUUUGACAAUAUCCUCUUCAAUGCGGAUCAAGUUACCCUCCCAGAAUCAAUCGCCAGCAACCCAUAGAGCACCCCAGACAAGGCCUGGCCUGACACCGCAACUCUCGCAGCAUCUAAACCUCACAGGCACCUGACUGUCUGCAUGUGGACCUGGAUACAGGGACUGAGUCAUGGUUAUCUUCGCCAGCUCUUCCUCUAUCUGGUGUCUGCUCUCUGGUGUGAUCCAGAAGGGUAGAGGGGGUCCUUGUAUCAUAAAUAAAUGCUCUACACAGUGGGCCAGAUAUUCAGGCUGC